UCUGUUUUCGUCCAGUGCUCCAGUUUCUGUGUGACGUGUGUUGUGUACAAAAAAGUUACCUUAAAAAAUAAUUUGUAAAAAAUGCCGCUUUGUAUUGCAAUCGGUUGUUGCAAUAAAAGCUACCGAAAAAGCAAAGAGCAAAUUAAUAUUGAAAAAAAUAUUGCAAUUACAUUUCACCGUUGUUAUAGGCUUAUUGACGGAAGCUCCUCGCGUGAACCGCGUGAACGUUGUUUUUACGCACGGACUUCGGUGGAUUGAAACGUACCUUGCAUGCUACUAUUUAUUUUAUAUACAAUUUAGUUGAUAUGUGUGUUUCAUUAGAUUUCCACAAGAUGAAUCAAAAAAAUUAACUUGGGCUAAAGUUAUGGGCCUUCAGAUGGAAUGUUUACCCAAGUCUUCACAUUUAUGCUCGUUGCAUUUUUCGGACGACGACUUCGAUCGCAGUUCCCUGACACGAAUAAGAUUGAGAGAAAAUGCCAUUCCAAUUUCAAAUAUUUCAAAAGUUGCGGGUGCAGAAGAAGUCUCUUUGCAAAGUAAUACAUUGUCAGCUACAUCAACAGAGUCGGUGCACGAGGAUGAUUCGAUUUGCGAGCCGGAAAUAAGCAGAAUUACAUUAAAAAGAAAAAGAGAAGAAGAGUCUACUUCAUUUGGUGUGUAUACCGAGCGACUGGAGGAUACACCACGGAAAAAAUUAUUGCGCAAAACUUUAAUGCACCAAAAGAAAUAUUAUGAAAGGCAAGUGCAAACAUUAAAACAAAAAAAUAAGCGGUAUGAGAAACAGAUCGCGCAAUUGAAUACAGUUCUAAAGGAACUCAAACAAAAAAGUUUAUUGGCAGACGAACAUGCCGAUAUAUUAAAAACAAUAGGUAAGAGUAAUAUAAUAAACUUGUUGAAGCGUUUAACAGCAAAGAGUAAAAUAUCAAGUAAUAAAAAAAAAAACAAAGAUAAUAAAGAAAGUGAAAGACACUUUCGCAAUAAAUUAACAUUGUUCCAAGGACAAUAGUAUUUCAAAUUACAUUAUCUUGUGUUUUAAUGAUAUUGUAUCAAUGUUAUUCUCGAAUGAUUGUAUCAAUUUAAAUAAAUAUUGUAUCAAUUUUUUCUGUAAUUAUUGUAUCAAUUUCAAUAAAUAUUGUAAUAAAAAUUAUUUUAUUUUACAAAAACA